AUGAACAGUAUGUCUUCGCAGUCGAAUGGUAAUGACGCUGUGAAAAAGGCAGCUGCCUUCUUGGCUGGCUUUACUUCUUCUCAGUUAUUUAUUCUCAUAGUUUCUUCUGGGAGUUAUGCGGUUGACAGAUUCAUGCUCCCUAGGAGUUACGUGGGAUUGUAUAUUAACAGGACUAUUAUUGCCUUCAGGCUGUCUACAUUCUUUGGAUCGCUUCUUCUUAAUAUACUAGUACCCAGCACUAAGAAUUUUGCUAGAAGUCUACCUAUUAUUUCUACAAUAUCAAGCUGGCUUUAUUUCUUAUCCUUUCUAGCUCUGCUACUGAUAUAUUACAAUGGAGGGAAAAAGGGGCACAUCAUGUACUAUUAUUGCGCAAUUAUUUUCUCAUCGAUGGUAUUCGGUUCAAAUAAUGUCUGCCUUCUGGGAGUAAUAGGGAAGGACGUAGCUUAUUACAUAGGUUCUAUGCAGUUAUCUGCCAUCAUGGUAUCUGCUUACCAGUUUCUAUUCACAAAGAUUGCAAAGGCAUGGAUGGUUACCAACAUUCCCUACAAGUUAAUUGUCGGACAAUUAUCACUUGCAGUGUUUGUAUCUGGGAUAUCCGCAAUAUUGUGGUCUGUUGCAUAUGCGAGUGAAAAAAUUGAAGCAAAGGAGACUAAUUUUAAUGGACUAGGUAAGGCCUUAUCUCCAAUUAUGUUGACUACUUUGGGAUUUGGAAUGCAGAAUUUCUUCUAUCCUGCUAUUGCUCCUUAUAAACUGACUGAUGUUAGCACUGGUUACAACAUCGACUUGGUUGUCUUGUUCAUGAGUGCAAUACCAGGCAUGACUAUCUUUGUUUUAUCUCAGUAUGGUCAAGGUCCAAACAGCCCAUGGGACAAAUCAGGAUGGCAUGACAUGUGGAUGUUUUAUGUAUUCGAAGUAUUACUUGGAGCCUUAUUUAUACUAUCUUUGCAUUAUCCAAGAGUAUCAGAUAUUUUUAGAAUGAAUAACUUUUGGGUUCUUGCUAUCCUUACAAUAGCAUACGAUUGGUGUGUUCAGGUAACUAGGGCUUCUGGGAUGGGUGGAGCUGCUAUGCAAGAAUGGGAUUCACAUCGAGGUAAGAGCAAGAGGAAUCCAGCUAUGGCUACUGUUAAUGCUUUUGGAUUUUCUUUGGCCAUGCUAAGUUUUGCAUUCAUGGGCAACGGAUAUCUCACAACGUAUAAACAGGCUGAACAGGAUAGGGACAACUGGCCUACUAAACACUUUACCACAAAAAAGGCAUUCUGGUACUGGUACUCGAGUUCAGCCAAAGGUGCCUAUAGAGCCUGCAUGACAUCUUAUACGAGGGAUAUCAGAAGUACUAUUCUCGGAAAGAAGGAGCAUCUCUUUAUUGUCUAUGAAGAUACUCCACCUGAAGAUGAAGAUCCCUUCUUUGACCUUCCAUUCAUUAAGAAGAAAGAGGAAGCUGAAUGCACACCAUAUCCGUUUGUGCCUCCUUACUAA